AUGCUGCCCCACGGAGGUCAACCCCUCGCCAUAGGAUUCCGGCGAAUACGCCAUCAUAUCAGGACCAUCCGGACGCAGCCUCGCGACUCCUCAAUACCAUACACCAACGCAGAAGCACCUCGAUAUCCGCCAGGGAUUGGACUUGCGACACCACGCGAGCUCGUGGAUUAUCUCAACCAAUUCAUUGUUGGGCAAGAGAAUGCUAAGAAGGUUCUCUCAGUCGCUGUCUUCAACCACUACAAUCGCGUACGGGCGAACUUGGGUUACAUUGAACCAGAAGAGUUGGAGAUUCCCCGGGAUGUUGAUCCGGCAGAAUCGUACAGACCAUUGUCUACUGUGACGCCUGCGCAGGUUCGCCCAAUGCGGAAGAAGCUUCCAAUGUUUUCACUGUAUCCUCGUGAAAGACCGCCGCUAUUCGAGAAAAGCAAUGUACUGGUUUUAGGACCAACAGGAUCUGGAAAAACGCUACUAGCCAAGACCUUGGCGAGAGUGCUUGAUGUUCCUUUCUCCGUCAGCGACGCUACCUCGUUUACCCAAGCAGGAUAUGUUGGAGAGGACGUUGAUAUGGCUAUUCAGCGCCUUUUGCAAGCCGCAAACUACGAUCCAAUACGAGCCAGUACUGGUAUAGUCUAUAUAGAUGAAGUUGACAAGAUCGCGAAGAAGUCAAGUUCAGGAAGCGAAGGUUCACGGGAUGUAGGCGGAGAGGGUGUUCAACAAGCUCUCCUUCGCAUGAUGGAAGGUUCAGUGGUCACAGUGCAGGCAAAAGGGGGGACGUCGGUAGAAAUGCCACCUCCAGGUGACCCACAAUCUCGACCAGGACAGCGAAGUCCCAGCAUGGCAUCUUCUAAGCCGGACGUCUAUCAUAUUGAUACGUCCAAUGUUCUGUUCAUCCUCAGCGGUGCAUUCGUAGGGCUAGACAAGAUCAUCAAAAACCGAACGUCGAAGGGAUCAAUAGGCUUUGAGGCGACUUUGUCUUCUGAAAAGUCUAAUGUGGGAUUCUUCACUUCAAAUGGCGUGGUGUCACGCAACCCACUUGAAUCUGUGGAGACUGCUGAUCUUGUAGCAUAUGGGUUCAUACCUGAAUUCAUUUCACGCCUGCCCUCUCUAACGGCUUUGGCCCCGUUAACCAUCCCGGACCUACGACGGAUCUUGACGGAAGUGAAAGGCUCAUUGGUCUCGCAGUAUCAAGCUCUCUUUGGCUAUUCUGGGGUGGAGCUGCGCUUCACGAGUGCUGCACUUGACGAAAUUUGCAAGAAAGCGUAUGAACGUGGGGGAGGCGCGCGUGGAUUGCGGGGAAUCAUGGAGAAGCUGCUCCUUGAUCCCAUGUACGACGUGCCUGGUUCGGACAUUCAUCACGUCCUCAUCACAAGUGAUACGGUGAAGGGCACUUCUCCUGCUGGUUACUGGCGCAAAGGUCAAGACGUAGAAUUCUGGGAAGCAUGGGCUACAGAAGAGAACGCAUAUCCUACACGCAAAUCAUGA